AGGAGACUCAGUUCAACGUGACGUUCAUCAAAUGAAACUGAAAGUGUUUCAGAGCAACAGCUGAGUCCAGACAAAUGUCUCUGCCACUCAAAAGUUUUCAUCAAGAGCACAGCAGAGCCUCCGAACACCGGUUGUAGAGAUGUCUGCUGCCAGCUGUCUGCUGACUGAAGAUCAGUUCCUGUGCUCCAUCUGUCUGGAUGUCUUCACUGAUCCUGUCACCAUACCAUGUGGACACAACUUCUGCCAAAACUGCAUCACUGAACACUGGGAUAGUAAUGUCCAAUAUCAGUGCCCCAACUGUAAGGACAUGUUCUCCACCAGACCACAGCUGAAGAUCAACACCUUCAUCAAGGAGAUGUCUGCUCAGUUCAGACAGUCAGCUCAGCAGAAACCCAGCAGCAGCUCAGAGAGACGAGUUUCCAAACCAGGAGAAGUUCCCUGUGACGUCUGCACUGGAACCAAACUGAAGGCCCUGAAGUCCUGCCUGGUGUGUCUGACUUCUUACUGUGAGACUCACCUGGAGCCUCAUCUGACCAAGUCAGGUCUGAAGAGACAUCAGCUGAUGGACCCUGUAGAGACCCUUGAAGACAGGAUGUGUGAGAAGCACGACAAACUGCUGGAGCUGUUCUGUAAGAACGACCAGAGGUGUGUCUGCGUGAUGUGCACCUAUACAGACCACAAGACUCAUGAUGUUGUUCCUCUGGAAGAAGAAUGUGAGGGAAAGAAGGCCGAGCUGGGAAAGACAGAGACUGAAAUUCAGCAGAUGAUCCAGAAGAGACAAGUGAAGAUUGAAGAGCUCAAACACUCAGUGGAGCUCAGUGAUGAGAACGCAGACAGAGAGAUAGCAGAAGGUGUUGGAGUCUUCAGCGCUCUGAAAGAAUCUGUAGAGAGACGCCAGGCUGAGCUCAUCAACAGCAUCAAAGAGAAGCAGAGAGAGACGGAGAAACAGGCUGAAGGCUUCAUCAGAGAGCUGGAACAGGAAAUCUCUGAGCUGGAGAAGAGACGUGCUGAGGUGGAGCAGCUCUCACGCUCUGAAGACCACCUCCAACUCCUCCAGAACUCCACGUCUCUGAACGCUGCCCCACCCACCAAGGACUGGACUGAAGUCAGAGUCCAUCCACCUUCAUAUGAGGGGACUGUGGUGAGAGCUGUGAAGCAGCUGGAGGAAACCAUCAGUGAACAGAUGAAGAAGCUGAUUGAGGCCGAGCUGAAGAGAGUCCAGCAGUAUGAGGUGGAUGUGACACUAGAUCCUGAUACAGAGAGUCCCUGGCUGAUCCUGUCUGAUGAUGGGAAACAAGUACUUCAUAGUGAUGUAAAGAAAAAUCUCUCAGACAAUCCAAAGAGAUUUGAUUGGUGCAGUAAUGUCUUUUCCAAGCAGAGUUUCUCUUCAGGCAGAUUUUACUACGAAGUUCAGGUGAAAGGGAAGAAUUGCUGGGAUUUAGGAGUGACCAGAGAGUCCAUCAACAGGAAGGGAGUUUUCACAUUGGCUCCUCAGAAAGGUUAUUGGACGACAGUUUUAAGGAAUGGAAAUGAGUACAAAGCUUGUGCUGGCCCUGAUGUUCGUCUCUCUCUGAAGUCUGGUCCUGAGAAGGUGGGGGUGUUUGUGGAUUAUGAGGAGGGUCUGGUCUCCUUUUAUGACGUUGAUGCUGCAGCUCUGAUCUACUCCUUUACUGGCUGCUCCUUCACUGAGAAAAUCUACCCGUACUUUAGUCCUGGUUUGAACUAUGACAGUAAAAACUCUGCUCCUCUGAUCAUCUCUCCUGUCAGCCACACUGAGUAGAGAGAUGGUUGUAUUUUCUACACAAUGAUUUAGAAUCGCUUCAUGUCAAAAUGUACAUUCAUAAUCAUGUUAAACAUUGUUAGGUCUUUGGAACCCAGGCAUUCAGGGUUUCUCCUUUUAAAUAAUUUUUAAUGUCACAUUAUUUCUUUCAACCAAGUUGAACCAGUUUUCCUGCAUUAAUCAAUAUAAUCCAUUCUGAUAACUGUUUUAGUGCCUUUCUGUCUGUGAAAUCCUCCAAUUUGCCGUAUAGUCUGUCUGUCUCACUCUCAUGUUUUCUCUCUGUCCAUCUGCUCUUCUUCAUGGAUCUGCUGUUGUUGUAAUCCUAUCCACUCUGCAGUGAC